CCUGGAGCCACAUGUACAAAAUGAAAAAACCACCACCCCCCGACGCUAGCUUCUUACCAAAACACGGCGAAGGUCCCGUAUACGAACUGGCGAUGGACAACGAGGAGCAAGGUGUGUUGAGGGCGGCAAAGAAAGCCACCACUGAGGACCCCGCAAACUGCAAGGAUUCCGUCCAAAGAACAAAUACCAACGCCGCACCUGAUAUUGUGAUUGCGUUGGCGACGAACAAGGAAGAGAAAGAAGUUAAGAAAUUCGAUAGUGGGAGAAGAAACUACUUUAAAAAAAAUCCAACGAGCCAUUUUUCAAGGCAGGACGUUGAAGAGGAGGCUCCGGAAUUGCGCAACGACAUGGACUAUGAAGAUAUACAAUCCACUACUGAAAAGAAAUCGAUGGCACGCCAAAUAACGUGGACCGAGGUCCCACCCAACCAAUGGAAUGAACACGAAAUGUCUAUGGACGUAGAGAACGCAAAAGAACAAGAAACAGAAAAGAAAGAGAGCAAGUCCCCGAACCUACAGGCGCUGGUGGACGCCAUAGGCAGCAGGAUGCGGGACAUCGAGAACGUGGUUCAGAGGAUGAGCCAGAAGGUGCACAGGAACAAGCCGCAGUCCGACAUAGGCAAUAGCAUGAACAGUAUCGAGAGAAGAUCUGAAGAUAUACAAACCCGUAAAGGUUUAAGUCAAGAUAUUAAAGAGCACGACCACGAAAUCGUCCUUUCUAAAAAUCAGUAUUCAAACAGCGAAUCUUUUAAACGAGUCAAACAUAUGCACGGCACAACAGAGCCGAAUAGCGAUGUGCCCUUGUACGUAGAGGAUACCAACUUAAACGGAUACUUCAGUGACGUCAGCAACAGUAUACUGCGGAGA